GCCCAUUUGAAAACAGACUAAGAUUCGAGUGUGAAUUAGAAUUUGUACAAUCUCUCAGCAACAUUGAUUACAUUAAGUAUUUGUACGAAAACAAAUACUUUAGCGAUAAGAGGUUUUUAAAUUAUUUGAAGUAUUUAAAUUAUUGGAGAACCAAGCCGUAUGUUUUUUACAUUCAUUUUCCCAUUUGUCUUUACGUUUUGGAAAUAUUGAAUGACAGUAAAGUUGAUGAAUAUUUUAGCAAGGACAGCUCAUUUAACAAUUUCGUGUAUUACUUAAAAUUGCAUUGGUUGUUUUUUAGUUACCAAAUUU